AGGUGGAGAAAGAGAAGCGGGAGGUGGAGAAGCUCGAGAAGAGUCUGGACAAAGAGUGUAAAAUGAAGAAACACAAACGCAGAGCGACAAAGGUUAUAAAGUGUUCGGUAAUGGAGAAGGCAAGAAGUGAGAGCACGGAGGAUCGAGCUCUGUGCCAUGAGAUUUUAUCAGGUAACAGAUCACAGAGGACGGCUUUGGUCCGCAGUGACUCUCAGGACGCUCAGGAUGACGCUAGAACUGAAGCUGAAUCCUGUCCUGAGGUUUCCAAAGAUUCCCAAUGUCAGGAUCAUCCCUCUGAAGCUCAGCUCACAGGAUCUAAUAAAACUACAUUUCUAAGUAGCUCUGAUUUGAAGGAGCCUUCUGAAGAGGUGGGAAUCCAGCCUCAAGAAGAAGGCACCAACAGGACGGAAAUGGACGGAUCAGGUGAGAACUUUAAUAAUAUAUGCAAACCAGAAGCAUCUUUAACCCCUCAAACGAGGCCAGACGAUGGAGCGUUUGACCCCGGUGGACAUCCACACCUUCCUCCUGUGCACAAACCAAGAAUCUCUUCUCUUCUUGUGAACGAUAACCUCACAGAACCAGAAGCUCCUCCUUCCACGGAGCUGCAGAGUCCGGCUCCGUCCUCAGCUUCAGAUCGUGGUUUGAUGCAGAUUGAUCAACGAGAUGAAGAAGUCGACGCUCUCCCAGAGAGUCUAACUCCAGAAAUCAGUUUGGUUCUUAAUCCUAAUAUGAAGGAACACAGCAACAACAACAACAAUAACCAUGCAGACCCAGAUGUUUCAUCAUCUGAGUUAACCCCUGAUGAUGAAGAGGACUCACCUGUUGGACCUGCAUGUUUGCUGCAGACAGAUUUGCCCCACGCAGAGGAAAUGGAGGCUGCAGACGGGAUCCCACUUCAGCCUGCUCCUGACCGUGCUCUACAGGAGUUCAACCACAGAAGAAGAGACGAGCAGAGUGAAGACCUGACAUACGGUGUUCAGAGAUCAGACGCCAUGAGGACAUCGGGUCCUGUGACACCUGGGAUUCAGGCCCAGCUGGAUAUCAGCACGAGAGAGAUGAUAGAUUUUAAGACCCCCAUCGUUCUGGAUACAGGGUCUGGUUUGAUGAAAGCAGGCUUCGCAGAUCAAGACCUUCCAAAUAUUAUCUUCCCAACAAUUAUAGGAAGGCCAAAAUAUGAGGAGAUCAUGAACGGUAACCUUGAAAGGGAUACAUACAUCGGACAUGAGGCUCAGCACAUGAGGGGGGUCCUGGCUCUGAAGCAUCCCAUAAAGAACGGCAUCAUUCGUAACUGGGACGACAUGGAGAAGAUUUGGCAUCACACUUUCCAGCAGCUGGGUGUGGAUCCAGAGGAUCAUCCUGUUCUGAUCACUGAGGCCGCCAUGAACCCGUUACAGAAUCGCCAGCGGAUGGUGGAGAUCAUGUUCGAGUGUUUCUGCGUUCCCUUCACCUACGUGGCCAUGCAGGCGGUGCUGGCACUCUACGCAGCCGGGAGAUCCACCGGUGUUGUCUUUGACUCUGGAGACGGAGUGAGCCACAGCGUGCCUGUGUUUGAAGGUUACAGUCUACCUCAUGCCGUGCAGCGCUUCCCUCUAGCUGGUGUAGACGUUACAAUGCAUCUUAAAAAGCUCCUGCAGGAACAAGGCGUGUGCAUGCGCACCACAGCAGAGAUGGAGAUCGUGCGGGAGAUGAAGGAGAAGUGCUGCUGUGUCGCUCUGAACUAUGAGUCUGAGCUGAACCGGGGGAGUUCGUCCUGCAGAGAGAUGCAUUACACCAUGCCAGACGGACGGAUCGUCACACUCGGCACAGAGAGGUUCAGGGCCCCUGAGAUUCUCUUUAAACCCGAGCUCAUUGGACGGGACCAUUACGGGAUACACGAGAGCGUCUUCAAGUCAAUCCUCAGCUCGGACAUCGACCUGCGGCGCUGCUUCCUGGGAAACAUUGUGCUGUCAGGAGGGAACACCCUGCUGGACGGCCUGCCUGAGCGGCUCCAGGCUGAAAUCAAAGGACUGGUUCCCCCUAACACAGGGGAGCGUGUUCAUGUCACCAGCCCGAAGGACAGAGACUUUUCAGUGUGGAGGGGAGGAGCAGUGCUUGCCAACCUGCCCACCUUCAGCUCUGCAUGGAUCAGUCAGGAAGAAUACGAGGAGUACGGACCGCAGAUCAUCUUCAGGAAAUGCUUCUGAGAUGAACUCUGAGUAAUGUACUGGUUAACUUUUUACUACACACAGUGCAAUAUACAAACAGUGCCAUGGACCGGUCCUCCUUUAAUAUUUAUUUGUCUUGUAUGUAUUUACGGCUUUAAACCUGCAGUCGGUGUGGAUCCUGACUAGUGUGCUCUUACCUAUCACCUGAGCUGCUACUGACCCACUGCACACUCUAAGCUAUAUGCUCGAGGUUCCAGGCUCUUUGCUCUAAGCCCUGUUGCUAAGAGCUACAAACAUGGCAUGGAUGAAAUUUAUAUUUAUGCCCUUAAAAUGUUGUCCGUCAAUGUUACUGUUCAUUAAGCGCCUUAAACUGUGUCUACACUUUUCCAAGUUGGGUUCUAUUUUUGUGACCCAUCAAUUAAUAAGUGAGAGUUUAAAGUAUAGUAAUGUUUGUGUUUAAGAGACAAGAAUUGAAGCUGGCCUUUAAUUGAUGUCUGCCAAUUAUUUUUUCCAAAAUAAGCGAUUGAGGGACAAAGAUAAAUCACUCAACGUGCUGACUAUAUAAUCAAAUAUAUAUUUAUACAAAGAUGUAAACACGGUUAGUGUAACAGUUUGAUUUUAAUGUGUGCGACAUGGUGCAAGUUGGAUUUUGAAUGAUUUGGAUCAGAGCAGCUGUGCAGUGUUCACAAUCUAAAAUAUUGGAUAGAAACACCAUUGAAUGAUCUUAAGAUGGAUUAUUAGGACCACUUUUCUCAAAUUUUUUUCUGGAUUUUAUGUUCCCUUUUUUCCCCCUUAAAUAUCAAGAAAAUGUUUGCUUGUAAUGUUAUGUCUUUUUUCCCCUUACACGCAUCAUAACAUUACAGCUUUAGAAGAUGUUAGCACAUUAUCUAGGAACAUUUUAAAUUUCUUGCAGAUGAGAUAAAGUGGUUCCCUCUUUUGGUUAAAGAUCAUUGUACAUGCAAGUUUGCUGUUUCUGCAGGAGUGUACCGGAGGGGAGAGACGUGUGGGAUAUGAAGUUUGUUUACUAGUAAACAUGCAGCUGAGUCAUGGUAAAUUUAAUGGUUAUUUUCCAGCUGAAGAGCCCUUUGGUCAGUCUGUCUUUUGUUGUGUUCAUGGUGUAAGAUGUGAAGUGCAGUAUUUGAAUGCUAAUACCUCUCAUGUCUGUAGAAUAAGCAGAUGAAGUUGAUGCUACUGCUGCAGGAACAGUUUGUGUUUGAUGUGUCAUUUUUUCUAUUUGAGUGAUGUGUCUUAUAAAUGAUUUCCUGAGUUUUGUUUAGAAUUGUUAAAAGUUGUGUGCAUGUUUUUUUUUUUUUCUCUUUCACAGUAGUGGUCAUUACUUGUGAAGGGUGUUGCCAAAUCUGCUGUAUUUAUCUCUUUACCAUGAAACCUUGAAGACCCCUUAAGCCAACCUGUAUAUAAAUAUUAAGUUUACUUUUUGAAUGUGGAGUUUUUGCAUUGAAUUAUUCUUUUUUGCAUGUAAUUAAGUUGCUCUUUUUCUGCACGUUUUCCUCUGUGUGCUUGCUUGUCUUUGUAUUUUGCUUUUUAAAAGGCAAAGGGGGGUUGUCAUGUGACCUAAAGCUCAGCUCUGAAGUGGGAAUCCCCAUUAAAUGUGACUGUAGUGUUUUCAGUUUGCGCCUCGUGUAAAGGCCAGGAUGAACAGCUCAGUCUGCCUCUCGUUUACUGGCUUCAUUUGAAAGAAACCUUCUUCUUUGUCCCCUAAAUGUACUGCAACAGUCUGGACUGA